AUGGAUUUUUCAAAUGAACAAAAUGAACGAAAUGAAAAAGCAUUUGAUGAAAGAGCUGUUGCAUUUAAUGAAAAUCGUACAAAAUCAUUAUCAGAUCAUAUGGACUAUGAAAAUUAUGGUAAAAAUAUGGAUUUUAUACCUGAUAGGAAAUAUACUGAACGUUACGCGCAUAGAAGUCUUGCAAAUACAAAUGUAUUUGAUACGGCGGGACAUUCAAAUGACUCAUAUGAAAAACAAAACAAUGACGAUGAAACAUCAGUAAUGGAUACUUCAAUUGAAAAUCUAAAUGGUAAAAAUAUUGAUAACGAAAAUUCGGGUGAUGAUGUAAUUGAUUUUAAUUCAACAAAUAAAACAGAUAAUCAAGAGCAAUUUGGUGAUUUUGAAGGAUUAAUUAAUUCAAGUAAAAAAGUUGAUGAUACAUUUGAACAACAAGAUAAAAUGUCUGAGUAUUCAGUUAAAGAAGAUUCUGCAGAGACAUCAAUUGAUAAUUCAUCAGACAUGAUGGUACUGUAUCUUACUCACAAUGAUUUAAAAAAGAAAAUAAAUGAUCUUGAGGUAAGAGAACAUCGUGCUAGUAUGAAACAUCUUUGGGAAGAAACUUUACGUUUGAGAGAUAUGCGCAAUCGUUUGGAACUUUUGAGAGAAAAGAAAAUUUAUCAGCGAGAUGAUUUGCAAAUUGAUGAAUCAAAUAAACAAGUGGCAUUAAAGAAUAUCGAGAGACGUAGUAUUCAGCUUAAAGAACGUGAAGAUACUUGCGCUGAUUCAAAUAUGUACAGUGAAGACGCUAAGCGCAUUUGGAAUAAAUGGGUCGAAGAAGAUAAAAAUUCACCAAUUACUGAAGGUGACCAUUUGAGAGAAGCUCUGAUGAAACAAUUAGAAGAUGAGUGGCACAGAUUGUCUGAAAGCGAUCAGAAAAUUAUUUCUCAAACUUACGCUGAUGUUAUGAGCAAUGCGUCAUUGCAAAAAGAAUUAGAAAUUCUCGCCAAAAAAGGAUUUCAUUAA